ACAUCUCUUAAAAAGUUUCUUUGUAAUCAAAAUCAAUGGCAGGUAUCAAAGUUUUCGGACAUGCUGCUUCAAUUUCCACCAGGAGAGUCCUCCUCACCCUCCACGAGAAAAACCUUGACUUCGAGCUCGUCCAUGUCGACCUCAAGGACGGUGAGCACAAGAAAGAGCCUUUCCUAUCCCGCAACCCUUUUGGUAAAGUUCCAGCUUUUGAAGAUGGAGACCUCAAGCUUUUUGAAUCAAGAGCUAUUACUCAGUACAUAGCUCACCGAUAUGAAGGCCAAGGAACUAACCUUCUUCCUGCUGACUCCAAGAACAUAGCCCACUAUGCAAUCAUGGCCAUUGGAAUGCAAGUAGAAGCUCAUCAGUUCGACCCAGUGGCUUCAAAGCUUGCUUGGGAACAUGUGUUUAAGCUCAUCUAUGGCUUGACCACAGACCAAGCAGUUGUUGCUGAAGAGGAGGCUAAGUUAGCCAAGGUCCUUGAUGUGUACGAGGCUCGGCUCAAGGAGUUCAAGUACUUGGCUGGUGACUCUUUUACUUUGACCGAUCUUCACCACAUUCCUGCGGUUCAAUAUUUGCUUAACACCCCCACUAAGAAGCUCUUCACAGAGCGUCCACGUGUCAACGCGUGGGUGGCAGAGAUCACCAAGAGGCCAGCUUCCCAGAAGAUCCUUCAGUGAGACAUUUCUAAUAGGCUCUUCAAAAUGGUUCUGCUUCAGUAACAAUAAUAAUGCUCAGAGUAAUAAGUGGCUGCUCAUUGCCCAAUUUCUCAAUACUAUGUUUUAUUUCUAUGUGUAGUUGAACUGAAAACUAUCUAUCUAAUCUUCAAGCUUUUCUAUAAUAAAAAGAUUAGUUACUUAUUUAAUAAAAAGGUUGC